UCUUACUUCCCUCAUGCUAGUAACUAAAAAACAGCGUUCCCCCAUUAUCUGUACCCGAAGUGCUGUCCAAGACUGGUAUGUGAGUAGUUCUAUGAAGUAUUUAAACAAUUGGUAAAAGUUGGUAUGGAGAGGAUAACUUUUCGUGAGGGGAGUGUCACUAGAACGUCUGCGGGCACCGAUUUAACAUCCUGGUGUUACGAGUUAAAAUAACGGUUGACAAUGUUAAUUGAUUACAGUUAUCAAAAUAUUUUAUAAAAAUAAACAUUCUUGUUAAAUUAUUAACAAUUCUAUCAAUUGGUACCAUUAUGGAUUCUUAUGUAAUACAGGUUAUGUUUACUAUAGGUCAGACGUAUGUGGUUAAAUCAAGAUGGAUAUUCUUUAGCGGAUUUAUUAUCUUUGAGACAUAAUCAUGUUUCAAUUUCUCAAAUUGGUUCUGAAAUUGCAAUGACAAAGGCAAUAGAACAUUUAUCUGCCCCUUUAGAUGGCCUGGCGCUUUGCCAUUUAAAAACUAUAGCAGCAAUGAACAAAAAUGAUCCAUUAGCUAUGUAUAAUUAUCAAAGCUUAGCAGUACAAUCUUUAACAAAGAUACUUCAAAUGCAAAAAGAAGAAAAUUGGAUGCUACCUGUUAUGAAUAUGAUGUGCUUAGAAUUAAGAUUAUUAGCAGUGUGUGCUGAAAGUAGAAAAAGUAAUAAAAGUUCGAAACCUGGAGAAAUAUUAGAGAAAUGUGCGGAAUGUCUGAUGGGUUGCUUUAGAGUAUGUGCUUGUGAUAAUCGCAGUUCAGAAGAUGACACAAAAAGAUGGGGAAUGCUGGCAUUAGUUAAUCAAUUAUUAAAGAUUUACUUUAGAAUCAAUAAACUACAUCUGUGCAAGCCUUUGAUAAGAGCAAUAGAAUCAUCACCAUACAAAGCACAUUUUGCAUUAGCACAACAAAUUACUUACAAGUUUUUUGUGGGACGCAAGGCAAUGUUUGAUAGUGAUUACAAAGCAGCUGAUGAAUAUCUCACAUAUGCAUUUGAGCAUUGUCAUAAAAAAUCUUUAAAAAACAAACGACUAAUUUUAACAUAUCUUGCACCAGUGAAGAUGUUAUUAGGAUAUAUGCCAAAACAAAGCUUAUUGGAAAAGUACAACUUAAUGGAAUUUUGGGAAUUAAUGGAAUCUGUUAAAAAAGGAGAUUUACGUAAUCUUGAGAAAGUAAUGGAAAAACAUGAGACUUUUUUCAUAGGAGCUGGUAUAUAUUUAAUUGUGGAGAAGUUAAAAAUAAUAGCUUACAGGAAUUUAUUCAAGAAAGUAUAUUUAGUAUUAAAUAUACAUCAGAUUCCCAUCCAAAAUCUACUUUCAUCUCUACAGAUGCAUGGAUUUGAUGAUGUGGAUAUGGAUGAAACUGAGUGUAUAGUAGCAAAUUUAAUAUAUGAAGGAAAAAUUAAAGGUUACAUAUCUCAUCAGCAUAAAAAGUUAGUCAUAUCCAAACAAAAUCCUUUCCCAAAGUUAUCAACAAUACCAUAAAUAUUAUUAUGUUAUUUGUAUUAUAUAUUUUUUAAUAAACAAUUUAAAGCUGAA